AAUAAGUUAUAAAAAUAACCUAACAUUUUUAAAAUGUUUUGAUUUAAUACAUCAUAACUAAUAAAUAUAAUAAAUUAUUUGCAUUAACUAAAUAUUUUAACAAAAUGAAAAAGCCAGUUAUGUAUUUAUCAAGUUCGUUAUUUGGAAAAUUAUUGCCUAGAUCUAAAAGAUAUUUAAGUACAAAGGAGGCAAUAGAGCGACGAAGUCAUCUUUUUAAUUUAGAAAAGAAACGACAGUUGGAAAAUGUCGGCCGAAUUGAGAAAAUUGAAGUAAAUUACAAAGGUGUCCCUAAAGACUGCACUUUGGUUAUGAAUAGAAAUAUAUCAACGCCUUAUGACUGUGCAAAACAUCUUACUCAGUGGCACACAGAAAGCAGUGUACUUGCUUUACUUGAUGGAACUAUACACUGGGACAUGCAUAGACCACUAACAGAAAACUGCACUCUAGAAUUACAAAACUUCACAGUAUCAGAUCCCCACCAAGUGAAUAAAGCAUUCUGGAGAUCAUGCUCGCUUGUUCUAGGUGCAUGUGCUACUGUGGCAUUUAAAGAUACAGUCGCUGUCAAAUUACACAGUUUCCCCGGACCUGACAUACGCAGCGGUUCCUUCAUCUAUGACAUAGACCUGCCCUCAUUGCCGGACUGGAAGCCCACACAACAAGAAUUGCACACACUUAGUGCUGAGUACGUCAUGCUGUCCAGGAAGGCACUCCCAAUAGAAAGGCUUGAAGUCUCUGAGGAGCUGGCACUCGAGAUGUUUGUGGAGAAUGAGCACAAGACUAAACAAAUCCCCAGUAUUGCGAGAUCUAAUGCCAAUGGCAAGGUGACAUUGUACAAGGUGGACAAAUAUGUGGACAUAUCGAAGGGUCCUAUGAUCAGCCAUACGGCCCAGAUUGGGAAAGUUAGCGUCACCUCUGUGCACCAGCUUGUAGGUACCCCUGAGAGUGAUGUGAACCAGUUGUACAGGUUCCAGGGUGUUGCAUUGCCUACUGGAGUGGUUCUUAAUCAUUUUGCAUAUUCCAUACUCAUAGAGAGGGCCAAGAAACUGAACCCCGCGCGAUCGCCUAUCAACCCGUUUGGUGAGCCCAGCCACACGACUCACAAGGAGAAUAUAGCAGCCACUGCCUAGAAGUUAUACUAUGUAUUAGAUUAGGAAUAAAUGAUUUAUCAAACUA